CUCAACAAAUCUCCUCUCAUCCUUCACCCUUAGGCCUUAGCACUUAGAACCACCCUUAUCUUCUUCUUCAUUCUCUUAUAUCCAUGGCUUCCGCCACUUUCCUUGCUUCCUUCACUCCUAAAACUCUUGCUCUCUCUAAACCCAUUACUUCUUCUCUCCCGUUUUAUUCUCUCGUCGCUUCUUCACCGUCAAAAACGUCACCCAAUUCCGUCGCAUUCACUUCCAUAAAGCGUUACGAGUCACUUUCUGCACGCUUUGUGCAAAACGUCGCUGUAUCUUCAGAGUUUGAACAAGAGGAAGAUGUAUUGAGUGAAGAUAGCGAACAGCAGCCUGACUUUUCUCCUGACCUUAAACUCUUUGUUGGUAAUCUUCCCUUUAAUGUCGAUAGUGCUCAGCUUGCUGGCCUUUUUGGGUCUGUUGGAACUGUUGAAAUGGUUGAGGUUAUAUAUGAUAAAGCCACUGGAAGAAGCAGAGGGUUUGGAUUUGUGACUAUGUCUACUGUUGAGGAAGUUGAAGCUGCUGCUCAACAAUUCAAUGGCUAUGAGCUUGAAGGAAGAGCCUUAAGGGUGAAUGCCGGACCUCCACCACCAAAAAGAGAUGAUUUUUCUUCAAGGGGUGGUAGAGGUGGACCGAGCUUACAGAACGCCAACAAGGUUCACGUUAGCAAUCUUUCAUGGUCGGUUGAUGAUGCUUCCCUUAAGACUCUCUUUAGUGAAUUGGGUGAUGUAUUGGAAGCAAAGGUGAUUUAUGAUCGGGAUAGUGGUCGUUCCCGAGGGUUUGGAUUUGUAACUUACAGUUCCGCUGAUGAGGUUAACAAUGCAAUUGAAUCCUUAGACGGUGUGGAUCUCAACGGGAGGUCUAUCCGUGUGUCUGUUGCAGAAUCAAGGCCAAGGCGCCAAUUUUGAGUGAACUUUAAGGUUGAACCGAUUAUCUGCGCAGGUCGUUAAGACCGCUGUAGAUGAACCCGACUACAACAAAACAGUACGUUGUUUUGUGCUUGAAUUCGGUGAGUGUUUAGAUGCACGGAGAUUAGUUAGAUAUUGUCGUUUACACGUAGAGAAAUUGUUGGAUGUGAGGUACUUUCUCUAGCUGUAAGGAUGCUUGAAACUGAUUCAUGGUGCAGCAGCAGCAUUGUAGUGAAUAAAGGAUGGGUUGUGGGUAGUAAACUAGUAAUGCUGCAAUACAAAUAUUUUUUGUUUUGUAAGAGUGCCAAACUAAAUGUUUUUAUGGACCUUUGUAACUUAAAUGUUAUUUUUAUAGACUUCUAUUCUCUUUUUUAAUCUUA